AUGCAGCUCACCUCCUUGGAGCUUAUUAAAACUGUAUCAAUGGAUGAGAAAGAGAUAGACAAAUUAAAACCACCAUCAUCUCCCGCAACUCCGCUCAUUGACUCCAUCAACUCCCUCUCCGCCCAUGGCCAUAUCUCCGAGGCCUUCGCCGCCUUCUCCCUCCUCCUUCGCUUCCACUCCUCAUCCCGACGCUUCCUCGUCCGCCCUCUCACCUCCCUGCUCUCCUGCUCCAUCGCCCGGAGAUCCCUUCCUCAGGGCCAGCAGCUCCAUGCCCUCGUCCUCUUGCUCGGCCUCUCCGAGAACCUUCACUUGGUUUUCAAGCUGACCUCCUUGUAUUCCGCCUUCGACCUCCUCGCUGACGCCCGCGCCGUGGUCGAAGGAGCGAUAAAAAUGCAAACUUUGCCGUGGAACCUGCUUCUUUCCGCCUAUGUGCGCAGUGGGUGUUGGGAAGAUGCGAUAUUGGCGUACAAACAGAUGGUUGAGAGGGGCGUGAGGGUCGAUAAGUUUACCUACUCGGCUGUUCUGAAGGCUUGUGGUGAAAUGAGGGAGUUGGAAUUAGGGAGGGACAUACAUAGAAGCAUAGAUGGCAGCGGUUUGGAAUGGGAUUUGUAUGUUUGGAAUGCUUUGGUUGCGUUGUAUGUCAAGUGUGGAGCGUUGGAGAUUGCAAGGAAAGUGUUUGACGGAAUGGCUGAGAGGGAUGUUGUUACCUGGAAUUCCAUGAUUUCAGGGUAUGCAUCAAAGGGAAUGUGGGAGGAGGCUUUUCAAUUACUGGAGCGGAUGCCGGAGGCAUCAGAAGCUUGCUCUAGACUUGGAUCUGUGAGGGUGGGGAAGGAGAUUCAUGGAUUGGCCAUUCGCUUCCAUUGUGACAAGCUUGAGAAUGUCAAGAACACUUUGGGAAAGGGGAUCACUUCUUUGAAGCUUUUCAACGAGAUGAUUGACUGUGGAAUUGAACCAGACCACAUAACAAUGGUGGCCGUCCUCUCAGCUUGUAGCCAUUCUGGACUUAGCAUUACUCUUGCCAUGGUUGAUCUAUAUGGACGGGCAGGCCUGUUAAGGAAGGCAGAAGAGAUAAUUGAUCAAAUGCCACUCCAGCCAAGUGCUGCCAUGCUGGCCACGCUUGUUGAGGCAUGUCGGGUACAUGGGAACAUAAAGAUCGGGGAAAGGUUUGCAAAGAAGCUCUUAGAGAUGAAGUCUGAUAAUCCCAGUCACUAUGUUUUGAUUGCUAAUAUGUACGCAUCCGCCAGGUGUUGGCAAAAGCUAGCUAAGGUGAGGAUACUGAUGAGGGAUAUGGGUAUUCAGAAAGCUCCAAGUUGUUCAUGGCUGGAUUUGGGGAAUAACUUAUAUCCUUUCCAGGUAGAUAGUACAUCAAAAGAGCGGUUGCAUAAUCAUGUUUAUCUCAUGCUGUCAAAUGGUGUCUCUUUGAGAUAUGGUUUGAUGAAGCAAUUGGGAUUCAAGGAAGUAAACUUAUCCUUUGAAGAUAGUGAUAUAAACCUUUAUGAGGAGCAAGGUAUUGGAGCGGAGGAUGGACAUGGCUGGAGCUACUGA